UUAUAAAGAAAAUGGCGGAAGCUCGUCCAGCGGCGGAGCUGUAAGCGGUGUGGAUUUGUCUCGGUGUUGUGGACCGUGGAAAGUGUAGCUGUAAUUAAAUCGACCUGUUACCAACUGUUGCUUUAAUGGGUUUGUUACGUCCUCCAGUGAAAACACGGGCUGCGGUUUGUGUGUCCGGAGGGAAAUAAAUCAAACCCGCAGCUGGUAGGACGCAGCGGGCGCUUCAGUCGGCUCCAGACUUCAUCGCACCGUUUAAUAAAGCGCGUUUGGUUUGCAGGACAGUGUAUUAGAGGACGAGUUAUAGUCUGGUUGAAGUUUCUGAGUGCGGAGAUAGCAAAGCAGAAGGACCGGGUUGAAGGAGCAGAUCCAUGAGAGGCUGGAGCUCCGGUCAGGACACAACCAGCUGCAGACAUGAACAGGAAGAAGGAUAAAGGAUUUGAGAGUCCUCGACCCUUUAAAUUGACCCAUCAGGUGGUGUGCAUCAACAACAUCAACUUCCAAAGGAAAUCUGUCAUUGGCUAUGUUGAGCUGACCAUUUUCCCCACAGUGGUCAAUCUGAACAGGAUCAAACUAAACAGCAAACAGUGCCGCAUCUACAGGGUCAGAGUCAACGAACUUGAAGCCCCCUUCAUCUACAAUGACCCCACCCUGGAGGUGUGCCACAGCGAAUCCAAGCAGAGGAACUUGAACUAUUUCUCCAGCGCCUACACGGCAGCGGUGAGCGCCGUGGACCCCGAUGCUGGAAAUGGAGAGCUCGUCAUCAAAGUCCCAUCUGAACUCUGGAAACAAGGAGACGAAAUGAAAGUGUUGAAGGUGUACAUCGAGUUUUCUCUUGACCAGCCUAAAGGAGGUCUCCACUUUGUAGUUCCUGAUGUGGAGGGCAGCAUGGCAGAGAGAGGAGCCCAUGUCUUCUCCUUUGGAUACCAGAACUCUACCAGGUUCUGGUUCCCCUGCGUGGACUCCUACUCUGAGCUGUGCACCUGGAAGCUGGAGUUCACCGUAGAUGCGUCCAUGAUAGCAGUGUCCUGUGGGGACCUGGUGGAGACCGUCUACACCCAUGACAUGAGGAAGAAGACGUUCCACUACGUCCUUCCCAUCCCUACCGCAGCUCCCAACAUCUCCCUGGCUGUGGGCCCCUUUGAAAUCCUGGUGGACCCCUACAUGCACGAGGUGACCCAUUUCUGCCUGCCGCAGCUGCUCCCUCUGCUCAAACACUCCAUGUCCUUCCUGCAUGAGAUCUUUGAGUUCUACGAGGAGAUCCUGACAUGCCGCUAUCCUUACUCCUGUUUCAAAACUGUGUUUGUUGACGAGGCUUACGUUCAGGUCUCCUCCUACGCUUCCAUGAGCAUUUUCAGUACCAACCUGCUCCACAGUCCUAUGAUCAUAGACCAGACCCCCCAGACUCGCCGCUGUCUGGCUCAGGCUUUGGCUCAGCAGUUCUUUGGCUGCUUCAUCUCCAGGAUGUCCUGGGCUGAUGAGUGGGUGCUCAAGGGCAUCUCCGGCUACAUCUAUGGCCUCUACCUGAAGAAGACCUUUGGAGUCAAUGAGUACCGGCACUGGAUCAGAGAGGAGCUGGACAAGAUUGUGGAGUACGAGCUGAAGAUGGGAGGUGUCCUGCUGCACCCCACCUUUGGAGGAGGCAAAGAAAAGGACAAUCCGACUCCCCACCUUCACUUCUCCAUCAAACACCCCCACACUCUGUCCUGGGAGUACUUCAAGAUGUUCCAGUGUAAGGCCCACCUGGUGAUGAGGCUGAUAGAGAACCGGAUCAGUAUGGAGUUCAUGUUGCAGGUUUUCAACAAACUCCUGAGUCUGGCCAGCACGGCCUCUUCCCAGAAGUACCAGAGCCACAUGUGGAGCCAGAUGCUUCUGUCCACUCACGCUUUCCUCAAAUCCAUCUCCAACGUCUCGGGCAAAGACAUCGGCCCCCUCAUCAAACAGUGGGUAGACCAGAGUGGGGUGGUGAAAUUCUUUGGCAGUUUUGCCUUUAACAGGAAGAGGAAUGUGCUGGAGCUGGAGAUCCGCCAGGACUACACGUCAUCUGGAACUCAGAAAUAUGUGGGUCCCAUCAAGGUGACGGUACAGGAGCUGGACGGUUCCUUCAACCACACCCUGCAGAUAGAGGAGAACAGCCUCAAACACGACAUCCCCUGCCACUCAAAGAGCAGAAGAAACAAGAAGAAGAAGAUCCCUUUGAUGAAUGGAGAGGAGGUUGACAUGGAUUUAUCUGCCAUGGAUGCUGACUCUCCUCUCCUCUGGAUCCGGAUUGACCCGGACAUGUCCAUCCUGAGGAAGGUGGAGUUUGAGCAGGCGGACUUCAUGUGGCAGUACCAGCUGCGCUAUGAGAGGGAUGUGGUUGCACAGGAAGAGGCCAUCUCUGCUCUGGAAAAAUUCCCCACUCCGGCUUCCAGACUGGCUCUGACUGACAUCUUAGAGCAAGAACAGUGUUUCUACAAAGUCCGCAUGCAGGCCUGCUUCUGCUUGGCAAAGAUAGCGAACGCCAUGGUGAGCACAUGGCAGGGCCCACCAGCCAUGAAGUCGCUGUUUACCAGGAUGUUCUGCUGUAAGAGCUGCCCCAACAUCGUUAAGACCAACAACUUCAUCAACUUCCAGAGCUACUUCCUGCAGAAGACCAUGCCGGUUGCCAUGGCGUUGCUCAGAGACGUGCAGAACCUCUGUCCCAAAGAUGUCCUCAACUUCAUACUCGACCUCAUCAAAUACAACGACAACCGCAAAAACAAGUUUUCAGACAACUACUACCGAGCGGAUCUGAUCGAAGCGCUGACCAACUCUCUGACUCCGGCUAUCAGCAUCAACAACGAGGUGCGGACGGUGGACAAUCUAAACGCCGACGUGCGCCUCAUCGUGGAGGAGAUCACACGAUUCCUGAACAUGGAGAAGCUGCUGCCGAGCUUCAGAAACACCAUCACAGUCAGCUGUCUGAGAGCCAUACGCCAGCUUCAGAGGAACGGUCACAUUCCCAGCGAUCCGUCUCUCUUUAAGUCCUACGCAGAGUACGGACACUUCGUAGAUGUUCGCGUCGCUGCGCUGGAAGCUCUGGUCGACUACACCAGAGUUGAACGGAGCUCAGCAGAGCUGCAGUGGCUGCUGUCCAUGGUCCAGAAUGAUCCUGCUCACUAUGUCAGACAUAAGAUCCUGAGCAUACUCUGCAAGAAUCCACCGUUCACCAAGACGGCCGACUCAGUGCUGUGUAACGAAGCUCUGGUUGAUCAGCUCUGGAAGCUCAUGAACUCAGGUAUGUCCUACGACUGGCGACUGCGCUGCGAUGCCGUGAACCUCUACUACACGCUCUUUGGCUUGACUCGGCCCUCUUGCCUGCCUCUGCCAGAACUGGGCCUGGUCCUCAACCUGAAGGAGAAGAAGGCGGUCCUCAACCCCACCAUCAAACCGGAGCCAGGGGUCGGCGCCGUCCUGGACUCGCCCGCCAGCAUCGGCAUUCACGGCGUGGGCAUGAGCUACAGCACGGUGGAUGAAGAACCCGAUCCCAUCUCGCUGGGGGUGUGUGGAGUUGGCCAACCCCCCCAGGGCCUGAAGAGAAAGGCUGAGACCCCGCUGGGCUCUCCUCCAGAACCAGGACAGGUUCUGCAGCAGCAAGAUGACGAUGGAAGAGGAGGACGGUACAAGAUCCGGUUCAACACCAUGGAAGAUGAAGACAUCGACAUGGAGACCGUUCAUGACAGUCAGGCCUUCAUCCACCAUCAUCUCAACCUGUUGGAAAGGCCUUCAACGCCAGGAAAAGAGCCACAGCUGGUGGAGCAGACCCUCCUGUCCAUGCCCGCCACACCCGUCCCCCCCUUCCCCAAAGACACCGCCUCCUCGUCUUCUAAGCACGGAGGUGACCACGCCCAUCACCACCACCACCACCACCACGAGCACAAGAAGAAGAAGAAGAAGCACAAACACAAACACAAGCACAAGCACAAGCACGAAAGCAAGGACAGGGAGAAGGACCGAGACCGGGACAACUCCCACACCUACAGCAACAGUCCGGCCAGCGGCAGGUCUCUGCGCUCGCCGUCCCUGUCCGACUGAACCAAACCCAUCCCUCUGCAGCAAACAUGACCCGAGUCUUCGCUUCACCCCACAGCUCGGCUAGCAGCAGCCAUGGUGGAUGGUGGUUCUGUGGACUGAGCUGAAACUGUUCCUUUAAUCCAGCUGUUUCCAGCGUGCUCCGUGUCAGGAGAUGUUUAACCAGCUUUGAUCCAACCGCCCUGGCUCUGAUGAGGUGGUUUUAAACUCAGAGCAGAGUCCACAACUCCCCAAUCUGGAUGAAGAGCGGGUCAGAACCAGAAGCCUUCCUUGUUUUAACGUCAGCUAUUAUUUUUCAGCUGAUCCCACUGAGGACUUUUCCAGAAACCACCAGAUUUUCCCCCUUUGGCUUCAUCCAGGACACAAACUUUUCUACAUUUAAUUUCAUGUUGUACAUUUUAAAAAGAAUAAUAAAAUGAACCAAGUUUUUGUCCUUUUACUUUGAA